CCUUUUGACCAUUCCAUCAGGAACACCAAUUCGCUGCUGCCAAAGGGAACGAGAACAAAAUCACGAUAGAGGGGGGUGGGUAGUGCAUACUGUAUGAGAAGCGAAGAGUGAAGGGGAGGAGAGAAGACAAUUCCCCAUCUUCUUUACCCGCAAAACCUCUUGCUCCAGACAAAAUUCUAAACACGCCAAUCCUCCAAUCGCAAUGGCGCCAGCGCCCCAAUCAGCUUACGAUGGCACUUGGGAUUCAAACUCUCAGAAAUAUGUUCUUCCACCGCUCGUUGGUUUGCCCUUCUCGGAGAUGAGGAAGAAUGGAAUGGGAGCUCGACACGUCGGGGACACGAGGUACUACCGACUUAUCGUGGUUCAUGGCAUCUUCGCCGCGUUGGCCAUCCUCAUCAUGAUCCCCGCGGCAAUCAUUUGUGCGAGAUUUCUUUAUCACGGACGGAAUCCGCGGGCAGCCAUGUGGGGCCAUAUCGGUUUGAAUACGGCUGCUUUACUGAGCUUGACCAUCACCUUCGUUUCCGGCUAUGUCGCAGUGGGUCAGAACGCCUGGGGAUCGAAUCCUCAUCACCUGAUUGGUGUUUCUCUCUAUGGAGCUGCGAUUUUUCAGGCAUUGUUUGGGUUAUUCAUUCGGGCACGGAAUCAGAAGAAAGUCAUCCGGAAGAAGAUUGCCUUUCACACCAUGCUCCAUCAUUGGCUUGGCCGCGGUAUUUGGUUGUUGGGGCUCGCACAGAUUCCUUUGGGACUAUAUCUUUACGGAUCACCGCUUAUCUUAUUCAUUCUCUAUGCCGUCUGCGUCUUUAUCUUUUUCCUUUCCUGGUUUGUCUGCGAAUACAUGAAAACCCGCGGGUACUUUUCUCUCGGCACAACUCAUCCGACUCGGGAGACGCCGGAUAUGACCGAGGCUCCUAUAGCCGUGGAAGACCAUUCUUUUCAAGCUGGCAAUUAUUCGACUGAGGUGCCUCAACGUAGGUCCGGACGUGGGAUGGUCGGUGUCUGGUCGAGUUUAUUUUCUGGGCGACGGUCGAGCGCUAAGGAGGCGGCUCUUGGUGUAGGGGGUGGGGGAUACGCUACGGAUGUGACCAGAGCGACAAGUUUCGACACCAGUAGAGCCCCUAGUGCCCAUAGUCCUGCCAUUGGUGGUCUUCAUGCUCCGCCUGGACGGCACAACCAGGUUCCGCCGGUUCCGCCGGUUCCAAGCUUGCCGACUAACUAUGGAGGGGAUCAAGGCAAGCAGGUCGUGUCGCCGGUGGGUUCCGGGGAUAUCCAUAGGGAUAAUGGAGAUAGGUAUGCACAGGGGCCUGGUUCGGUAAGGGAUACCGUGUUACGAGAUAGCACUACGUUAGGGACAGGGGUUCACGGUGGGCCUUCGCAUGUUGAAAUGCCGUACGAGUCACCCGUUUCUCCACCAUACACAGUUACCCCGGUCACUUCUGGGCCUGCAAAUAUGAGCAGCCCUCAUACAUCGGAUAUCAGCGGAAACUCUUCAGGUCACCUAAGGUCGUACCCAAUGCCGCCUUUCCACUCCCCACAUCGACAGCACGAAGAAAUGCCACCUUCUCCCAUCGCCGGUGGUGGAUACAUGGAAGCGGAUAACGGGUUCGUACAAGGCCCUGCACGUCACGGAGAACCACCAAUGGCUCCGCUACCGCUACCGCCGGACCCGCGCCGUGGACAACAGCAGCAACAUCGCCGCGAUAGAUCUGCUGAUAGUGUCCCACGUCUUCCCACGUCCCAUUCAACGGAGUAUCUGCCCACUGAGGAGCGGGCAGGAGAACCGUCCGUCGGCCGUCGGAACUCACGGAAGAAGGAUGCUCAAGUCAGCGUUCAGGUCCGUGUGAACCCUGACGGUAAAUCUGUCACGGUCCGCCGGAUACCUGCGGAAGAGAGUGAGCGAGAUCGUCGUGAGCGUGCACGCCUACGCGCUGAACGGGCAACUCAACGAGAGAUGAGUCUUGAUCGUGAACGUCAGCAUCGCCGGAGCCACUCUGGUCGUAGAUCAUCCGAACGACAUGAACGACCCACAACGUCUGGCUCCGGAGCACACGUACCCCCUGCCCCAGCAUCUUCAGUAGGUGGGUACGGCCCCGAAUCGUCGGUGGGCGGGUACGCUCCCUCGAUAGGCGCCCAAUCAUCCACCAUCGCGGGUGCUAGCGGCGGUCUUCUCGGAGGCGGGGCUCCACCAUCGCGGGGCAGAGCCCGCGGGCCGGAACCACCGCGAGUGCCCCAACCACCACAAACUUCAACCCCCGUCCACCACCCAGUCAGCUCCUCCCCACUCCCAUACGGCUUCGGCGGCGGUGUCUCUCCGAGUGCACGCGGGAGCGUAGUCAGCGCUUCGGGCACAGCAGAGAACAGUGAGCUGGAGCAGGAAGCGGCGAAGACGUAUCGCAAGAAGAAGAUACGCGAGGGAACGAGUAGUCUUGGAAACCCACUGAGUAGUCUGGGAGCUGGGUAUGAUGAGGAUGGGGUCGAAUGGACUUGAUUGAUUCGAGAUGUGAUUUUGUUUUCUUUGUUUCGGCAUUUUUUUCAUCUUGGAUUCCCUUUUUCUUUUUUUGAGGCCAAUUUGGGUAAACGCGAUUGAUGACCGGUGCAACGAACGAACCGAACAGAUAUAUAUACGCUAAGUUAAAAAAAAAUCACUCUGGAGUUCAUUUAUUUUCCUUUUCUCUCCUUUCUCUCAUUGACUAUUUAUGGCAGACUUGCUGGUAACGAUUCCUCUUUUCGGGACGCGAGGAUAUUAAUGACCUUUUUUUCCCCC